CUGUUUUGCCUUGCCUUCACCAAACUGGAAACUAAACAGAUGUAUUGAAAGUUCCUGUUGUCCUCAGUCUCCUGCACCACUCUUCGUGAAAUGCUGUUUUCAAUAUGGACGUCUUCUCACCAUCCCAGGUCUUCUACGACGAAGCUUCCUCUCCAGACAGCCUGGAGUUUGGCCCCGGCAUGGAGCUGGACGGCUCUGAGGAGGAUGAGCAUGUGAGGAUCCCCGGGGCCCCUCACCAGCCGGGGCACUGCCUGCAGUGGGCCUGCAAGGCCUGCAAGCGCAAGUCCAACUUUGUGGACCGCAGACGAGCCGCCACCAUGCGAGAGCGCCGGCGGCUGAAGAAGGUCAACCACGCUUUUGAGGCUUUGAGGCGCUGCACCUCGGCCAACCCCAGCCAGCGCCUGCCCAAGGUGGAGAUCCUGCGCAACGCCAUCCACUACAUCGAGAGCCUGCAGGAGCUGCUACACGAGCAGGUGGAAAACUACUACGGCCUACCUGGGGGGAGCAGCUCGGAGCCCGGGAGCCCGCUGUCCAGCUGCUCUGACGGCAUGGCUGACAGCAACAGUCCACUGUGGCAGCAUCUGAAUGCAAACUACAGCAACAGCUAUUCGUAUGCAAAGCACGAUAGUUUAGGCGAUAAAUCAGCCGGGGCCUCCAGUCUGGCGUGUCUCUCCAGCAUCGUGGACCGCCUGUCCUCGGUGGGGUCCGGCUGUGGCCCCGCGGCGCAGAGAGACGGGCAGAGAGACGGGCAGAGAGACGUGCAGAGAGACGUGCAGAGAGACGGGCAGAGAGACGUUCAGAGAGACGUUCAGAGAGACGUUCAGAGAGACGUUCAGAGAGACGUGCAGAGAGACCUGCAGAGAGACGUCUCCUCCACCUUCUCUCCGGGCAGCUCCGACUCGCAGCCCUGCACGCCGGAGAGCCCCGGGUCCAGGCCCGUGUACCACGUCCUGUGAAGAAAACUCUGACAUGGAUAUAUUGCCACAGGCUUCCCCCAAACACUAGCUGCAUUUGAAACAAUAGAUAAGAACUUUUGUUCUGUGCAAAUCUGAAGGAGACUCAGCUGAACCUGAAGACCUGCGGCAAGCAGCUUUUAUUUGUACAUGAGAUUGUAAAUAUGUAUUGUAAAUGCCCAUUUAAUCUAUACAUGCUAUUAUACCCAGUGACACAUAUUUAAUUAUGACAGUUAAUGUAAUGUUGUAUUAUUCCAACAUGAAGUGGUAUUUAAGCAAUUUUAAUGUCUUUCUUUCCAU